CAUCAAUGAAAGCAUCUCCUUUUACCCACGCCAGACAGGUAAAAAGACAGCUGAGUAAAUCAGCAUUAGAUGCAAGAGCGGAAGCUCAGUCAGAGGGAGGGGGUGGAAGGAGGGUGUUUGAAAGCCUGCCAUUGGUGAGCUUACCAGAGGCAUCUGCCAGUGGGACUUCAAUGGAAUGUGAAACCAAAUCAUUUUGAAGUUAAAGAUAGACACAGUAUACACCAGGAUCUAGAAGCUGGAUUUUAAACUCAGAGUUCUCCCUAGAAUUUCAGGGAGUUCUGUUAUGAUCUCUGUUGCAAUUAAGAAUCUGGCUCAAGUUUGUUCUUUUACUGAAUUUGCUAAGAGUUCACCUAUGUUCUGGAUGUACUGGAAUUAAAAGGAUUUAAGAGAUCAUGGGAUGCAUACUCUAGGAUAAAUAGGAUUUACCAACCCCUGGAUGAAGUGCUUGGAAAGUCUUUAAAUGCCACAAGCAACUGUCAUUUCAAAGAAAAGAGAAUAGAUGGUUUUGGAAAGUUCAUGCUGCUUCUUCAUUGAGUUUUAGAAUGAUUGAAGAUAGUGGGAAAAGAGGAAAUACCAUGGCAGAAAGAAGACAGCUGUUUGCAGAAAUGAGGGCUCAAGAUCUGGAUCGCAUUCGACUCUCUACCUACAGAACAGCAUGCAAGCUUAGGUUUGUUCAGAAGAAAUGCAAUCUGCACCUGGUGGACAUUUGGAACGUCAUAGAAGCACUGCGGGAAAAUGCUCUGAACAACCUGGACCCAAACACAGAACUCAAUGUGGCCCGCUUGGAGGCCGUACUCUCCACCAUCUUCUACCAGCUCAACAAACGAAUGCCAACCACUCACCAAAUCCACGUGGAGCAGUCCAUCAGCCUUCUGCUUAAUUUCCUGCUUGCAGCUUUCGAUCCGGAAGGCCAUGGUAAAAUUUCAGUAUUUGCUGUCAAAAUGGCUUUGGCCACGUUGUGUGGAGGGAAGAUCAUGGACAAGUUAAGAUAUAUUUUCUCAAUGAUUUCGGACUCCAGUGGAGUGAUGGUUUAUGGACGAUAUGACCAGUUCCUUCGGGAGGUUCUCAAACUACCCACAGCAGUUUUUGAAGGUCCUUCGUUUGGUUACACGGAACAGUCGGCGAGAUCCUGUUUCUCCCAACAGAAAAAAGUCACGUUAAAUGGCUUUUUGGACACACUCAUGUCAGAUCCUCCUCCUCAAUGUCUGGUCUGGUUGCCUCUUCUGCAUCGACUGGCGAAUGUAGAAAAUGUCUUCCAUCCAGUUGAGUGUUCCUACUGCCACAGUGAGAGUAUGAUGGGAUUUCGCUACCGAUGCCAACAGUGUCACAAUUAUCAGCUCUGUCAGGACUGCUUCUGGAGGGGACACGCCGGUGGUUCCCAUAGCAACCAGCACCAAAUGAAAGAGUACACGUCAUGGAAAUCACCUGCUAAGAAGAUAACUAAUGCAUUAAGCAAGUCUCUGAGCUGUGCUUCCAGCCGGGAACCUUUGCACCCCAUGUUCCCAGAUCAGCCUGAGAAGCCACUCAACUUGGCUCACAUCGUUGAUACUUGGCCUCCCAGACCUGUAACCAGCAUGAACGACACCCUGUUCUCCCACUCUGUUCCCUCCUCAGGAAGUCCUUUUAUUACCAGGAGGUUACCUGAGGGGAUAAGUGCGUCCAGCCUGGUGGCUGAAGAGCAUUCGCUCAUAAAGCUAUAUGCAAAUCAGCUUGAGCACGAAGCACGCUCUCCUCCCAAGGACAGUGAAGUAGAGCAGAACAAACUGCUGGCUAGGGCUGCACCAGCUUUUCUGAAGGGCAAAGGGAUACAAUACAGCCUGAAUGUGGCAGACAGGCUAGCUGAUGAACAUGUUCUCAUCGGUUUAUAUGUCAACAUGCUCCGGAACAACCCAUCAUGUAUGCUUGAGAGUUCAAACCGGCUGGAUGAAGAACACAGGCUGAUUGCCAGGUACGCGGCAAGGCUGGCAGCAGAGUCCUCCUCGUCUCAGCAAGCUCAGCAAAGAACUGCUCCUGACAUCUCCUUCACUAUCGAUGCAAACAAGCAGCAAAGGCAGCUGAUUGCAGAACUAGAAAACAAGAACAGAGAAAUCUUACAGGAGAUUCAGAGACUGAGGCUAGAGCAUGAACAAGCUUCUCAGCCCACACCAGAGAAGGCACAGCAGAAUCCCACCCUACUGGCAGAACUCCGGCUCCUCAGACAGCGCAAGGAUGAGCUGGAACAAAGAAUGUCUGCUCUCCAGGAGAGCCGGAGAGAGCUAAUGGUCCAGUUAGAAGGGCUCAUGAAGCUACUAAAGACGCAGGGGGCAGGCUCUCCUCGCUCCUCCCCCAGCCACACCAUCAGCAGACCAAUCCCCAUGCCCAUCCGGUCAGCUUCAGCCUGCUCCACCCCGACACACACGCCUCAGGACUCUCUCACGGGGGUAGGGGGAGAUGUACAAGAGGCGUUCGCACAAAGCUCAAGAAGAAACUUAAGGAAUGACCUGCUCGUGGCUGCAGAUUCUAUCACUAACACCAUGUCCUCUCUCGUGAAAGAGCUGAAUUCUGAGGUGGGGAGUGAAACGGAGAGUAAUGUGGAUUCUGAAUUUGCACGGACUCAGUUUGAGGAUCUGGUUCCAUCUCCAACCUCUGAAAAGACUUUUCUAGCGCAAAUCCAUGCCCGAAAACCCGGGUACAUUCAUGGUGGAGCUACCACAAGCACCAUGCGCAGCGACCUGGUUACAGAAGAUGGAGACUCCUAUGUGCGGCCUGAGGAUGAAAACUAUGAAAAUGACUCUGUCCGGCAGCUAGAGAAUGAGCUCAAAAUGGAGGAGUACCUGAAACAAAAGCUACAGGAUGAAGCCUAUCAGGUCAGCUUGCAAGGUUGAAUGCAAUAUCCUUUUAUCACUCUCCUCUCAAGCAAGCUAUAGUCAGACAGAUGAUGAAAGUAACAUGAAAACGUGAUGCUGGAGAGCCCUGCACCCACACAGAGGAGGAAGACAGCAACGGGCAGCAGCCUCACCGAAGAGAGGAGCCUCCACACCCAGCGGCUUCUGACAGCCCCCCACCCCUAACAAUGUGUUCUGAUGACUAUAGUGCAGCUAACUUUUUGUUCUGAGAUUUGUAGUUCAUAGAUGUGUGUUUUAAGAAAGAAAAACAAAGACUUCUGUUCCAAGCUAACUUAUCAGCUACAUCUUCUGUAACAUGACUCAUCUCCGGUUAAAAACAAACACAGGCUGAAAACCCAUGCUGUCGUUACACACGAUGGCAGUAUUAAGCAUUUUAAACCUUUGCACACGAUAUCGAAACUGUUCAGUUUACAAUGACAAUACUAAUACUGUUUAUAGCUAGAAUUUUGAUUUCUGGAUUCCUUGAGAUUUUAGCAAAACAGUUUACUAUACACUGUACAUUUUUUUCCACAGUAAUUGGAAAAAAACAACCACUUGCAAUUACUCACUAAUCCUGAAGGAUUUGUUUCCUGAGUGUACAAACUCAGAGCCAGGAAACCAAGAAGGGUUCUUGGCCUGCACAGUCUCCAGCUGACUCCAAGUCUCUGUGAGCAGUGACUUGAACCAAACACACUGGGAAUAAUCCAUUCUUUGGGACUUCUUUCCAACUCGGGGUUGUUUUCUUUCAAGAUACUCUAACAAAUCAGCCAUAGAAUUUAGUGUAAAUAUUUUUUCCAAAUAGAUAAUCAUAUUCAAAAAUAGGCAACAUUCAAAUUAUAUAGAAUCUAGUUUUUAAAAUCAGCACAGAUCUUCUUAAAAACUGUGAACUAUGUUUUGAAAUACUCGUUACUAAAGCUGUUUAUAAACCACAGGUGCCAUAAGAUCCCCAAACCGACUAAAGUUAACUAUGCUCUCCCAUGGUCUUGGUCCUCCAUUUUAGCUUUAGGGCGCAUGUCUUUAACAGCACUGCUCAUUCACGAGUUCCUCUAUCAGGUUGUUCGGAGGCCUUCAGCUUUAAAUGUACAGGCUUAAAGUGCGCUUGCAACUGUUUGCUCUCCUUUGAUUUCUGAAUGUUUAUUGCCUUAGCUGGCCACCUGGUGUUCUGCAUGCAGCCUUCUGUGGUCAUGUGAAAGGAGACUGGCUCUUCUAAGUUGCGUUGGGAUUUUGCACUCAGUAAAAAGCUGAAGUGUGAAAGAACCGUCAAAGACAAGAGGAUAAAAGACUUUGUUGACUGUCCUUUAUGAGGGCCCUCUUUAGGGAGACCUAAAGACCGCUGGUAGGGUUUCUGGGGGGAAUGAAAACGUAAUCUUCUACUUAUUUAAAGAUGUGUUUGGCAAAAGCCUGCACUAUAUUGGCUAUAUUAUACCUAAAUUAGCAGCUUCUCUGGAAUUCCUGUUUCUCCUUUAAAAGAAAGAAGAGAAUAUAAUUUCUGAACAGUGGUUUUCAAAGUAUGUUCCCUACGAUGCAUCAGCAUCACUUGAGAAUAUCUUAGAAAUGCAAAUUUUGGGGCCCCCAACUCAGGCCCACUGAACCCCAAACUCUAAGGGUCAGGUUCAGCCAUCUUUUUAUCAGCCCUCUGGGUGAAUCUGCUGCAUACUAAAGGUUUAGAAUAAAGCUGUAUAAUAAAGUCUCUGGAAAAGGUUUGUUCAGUAUAAGAAAGACUAUGAGUCAACCUCAAAGCUUGAGCAGUUCAAUUUCGCUUCCAGAGUGGGCAAAAACCUUCUCCUACCCUCACAUACCUACUCCAUAGUGGGUGGGUACCCAGCCAAGAACAGAUCCUCUUACAUCUUCAAGCUCCCCCUGCAGAGGGCUGUAAGAUGUUCAUGUACCUACAUUUGGUCAGAAACCAUCUCUGUAAUUGCCUUUUGGAACAAAAUGGCUAGCCUUGGGGAUAGUAAUGUGCUUGAUUGACAUUAGUAAGGAGCCCAUUCUGUCCUUUGAUGUACUUAAUCAUACUUCCCUCCAGAGAGCCCACCUGACAAAUGCCCCUGAGCACAGGCUGACACCAAAGUGGCACAACUGCACAGUUCUCAGACUUCUUUGCACAGAUGGGUUUUAUUGCGGGUUUUGUUGGUGUGUCUUAACGUUCAUCUCUUCCCCACUGCUCAUCCUCCGUGAAACCAUACCUCUCUAGAUGCAGCAGGUGGCCAAUGGUGCCUCAUUCUCGGUACUGAAAACCACUACAUCCCAGCUACCUACAUUGCAGUCAGGUCGAAAUCAUUGCCAGGUAGUCCUGGAACUCAGAACUCAGCCCACAUCAAGUGGCACUUGGCCACUGACUGAACUGAGCUGACAUAUACUGUAUCUUUGCGUUUCUACACCAAAAUGUCCGUCCAAGGUUUGAACUGUUCUGCUGGUAACCUUCCCCCUUGUCAUAGCUUUCAUUGCCAACCAACUCCAUCACAUGAUUACCAUCAUACAAAGUCAUUGCAAGGACUCUGGAAACUGCCGCCAGUGACCAAUUUCUGACUAACCAGCCACCUUUUCUUUCUCUUAGCUCCACGUCAGCACUGAGACCAGACUCAAGCACCCCUGUCCUGUAACCGAGACAAAAUGGCGUGUAUUGUUUUGGGUUUUCGUG